GCGCUGGCAUGUCUCCUUGGAAGUAUCAGUGUGAGGGCUUCCAGAGAAGUUUGUUCAGAGCCCGCUGGACCCUUACCGACCCCAGGCCCAGGCUGUAGGCAGCCCCCUGACCAUGGGCGGUGAGUGUCCCGAUCUCUGAUCUGAGCCGCCCAGAUGGCCUCUGGACCUCCUAGGCACAGCAGGUCCUUCCUUUGCUCUCUGUUAGAAGUUAGGAGACUCUCCUGGCGGUCCAGUGGUUAAGACGCCACGGUUCCACUGCAGGGGGCACCGGUUCAAUCCCUGGUCGGGGAAUGAAGAUCCCACAUGCUGUGCGGCGCAGCCUUAAAAAAAAAAAGUUAGAAACCAUCAGGGGAGGGGUAACCUGCCCACAUGCCGCCCCCCCUUCCUCUGUGGCCUUAAGCGUCCCUGUGGGAGGACCCAAAAGGGCUGAACUCAGAGUCGCCCCAGCUCUCAGAGCCUGGGGUCCCCCAGCAGAAUAGGCCCACAGAAGCCCAGCCUCAGUCGGCGGAAUGUUCUCUGUGGCCAGGGGCCUGUGGUCUCUGGAGUGGCGCUGGUGGGCCUGUAGGUUGGGGACAGAGAGUCUCUUGAGGGUGGAGGUGAGGAGGAGGUCAGCCAGGUGGAGGGAUCCAGCAUGAGGCGUCCGUCUGGUUGGAGGGGCCCCAGCGGGAAACAAAGCAGGGCAGGGGGUCAGGGAGGGUGGCUCAGCUGGCACAGGGACCAGAAGCCGGUGCUGCAGGGUCCUUGGUCUGCUCCCCCUAGAGAGGGUGUGUGCGCAGUUGGGGAGUGGUUUGGGGCCCUCAGUGCCCACCUGGGCCAUCUUCCAACUGUGUCCUGGGGAGAAGGAUGCGAGGGCACCCACCUGGGCCCCAGAACGUGGCCUUGGGUCUGGGUGGGGCUGUGGGGGAAGGUGUUUCUAGGUGCUGGGCCAGCACAGCCUGUGAGCCGGCAGCCACGCUGGUGUCAUAAUUGGCCCCCGAGGGGUGUCACUGGCCUCCCUCCCCUGGGGCACUCCGCCUCUCCUGGAGCCAUCCCCAGCUAAGCACCAGAGAUGACCGAUCCCUUUUGUGUUGGAGGAGGCCGCCGGCUCCCGGGGUCCAGCAAGAGUGGGCCUGGGAAGGAUGGCGGCCGGAAUGAAGUCCGACUUCCCAUGCUUCGCGACCCACCGAAGCUGGGGCUGCCGGUAGUCCGGGGUGGGCAGACAGCGCCCAGCCAGGCCCCGCUCUGCUUUGACCCGGGAAGUCCAGCCAGCGACAGAACGGAAGGGAAGAAAAAGGGGCGUCCAAAAGCCGAGAACCAGGCACUCCGAGACAUUCCUCUCUCCCUGAUGAACCAGUGGAAAGACGAGUUCAAGGCGCACUCGAGGGUGAAGUGUCCAAACGCUGGGUGUUGGCUGGAGUUCCCCAGCAUCUAUGGGCUCAAGUACCACUACCAGCGGUGCCAAGGGGGUGCCAUCUCAGAAAGGCUGACCUUCCCCUGCCCCUUCUGUGAGGCUGCGUUCACCUCUAAGACCCAGCUGGAGAAGCACCGGAUCUGGAACCACAUGGACCGACCCCUGCCUGCCCCCAAGCCUGGGCCCGUCAGCCGGCCCGUAGGGGUCAGCAAGCCCAUUGGAGUAAGCAAACCUGUCACUAUCAGCAAGCCCAUCGGCAUCAGCAAGCCAGUGACGGUCAGCCGGCCCGUGCCGGUCACCAAACCAGUGACGGCCAGCAGGCCCGUGCCAGUCACCAAGGCUGUGCCGGUCACUAGGCCUGUGCCAGUCAACAAGCCUAUACCGGUCACCAAGUCUGUGCCAAUCGCCAAGCCAAUAACAGUCAACAAACCGGUGCCGGUCACCAAACCAGUGACCAUCAACAAGCCGGUGUCUGUGACAAACCUUGUGACAGUUACGAAACCCGUGCCAGUUGCGAAGCCGGUGACGGUCAGCAGGCCCAUUGUGGUCAGUAAGCCGGUGACGGUCAGCAGGCCCAUUGCCAUCAGCAGACACACGCCGCCCUGCAAGAUGGUGCUGCUGACCAAGUCUGAGAACAAAGCUCCUCGGGCCGCGGGGAGGAGCAGCGGUAAGAAAAGGGCUGCAGACGGCCUGGAUGCCUGCCCCCUCCCGCCCAAGCAGGCGAGGCCGGAGAACGGGGAGUACGGCCCGUCCACCACAGACCAGAGCUCAGCCUUCCCGCUGAGCACAGACCCCAGCAGCAGCCCCCUUUCUCUGGGCAGCAGACCCUUGGGGGGCAAGGAGGCGCCGAGGGCCGCGGGCCCCGUGUCCCUGCCUGAGGAGGGUGCGGAGCGCACGAAGCACAGAAGGAAACAGAAGACACCCAAGAAGUUUACGGGUGAGCAGCCCUCCAUCUCAGGGACUUUCGGACUCAAAGGUGAGGCCUGGACCAGCCGGGCACCUGUGGGGCCGAGCACACGCGGCGGCCGCGCCCUCAGCCUGCACCUGCCCCUCCCGCGUGUGCACGUAGGCCUGGCCAAGGCGGAGGACAAAGCCCGCAUCCACCGCGCCAAGAAGCAGGAGGGGCCGGUCCCCGAGGAGGCGCGGAAGAAGGGGCCAGCCCCCCCCAGCGCCGUCAGCAAGGAGGUGCUGGCCCCCGUGGCCCACCCAGCCCCAGGUGGCCCUGAGGAGCAGUGGCAACGGGCCAUCCACGAACGGGGGGAGGCCGUCUGCCCCACCUGCAACGUGGUCACCCGAAAGACCCUCGUGGGGCUCAAGAAGCACAUGGAAGUGUGUCAGAAGCUGCAGGAUGCACUUAAGUGCCAGCACUGCCGGAAGCAGUUCAAGUCCAAGGCGGGCCUCAACUACCACACCAUGGCUGAGCACAGCGCCAAGCCCUCUGACGCCGAGGCCUCGGAGGGGAGCGAGCAGGAGCGGCGGGAGCGGCUGCGGAAGGUGCUGAAGCAGAUGGGGCGGCUGCGCUGCCCCCAUGAGGGCUGCGGGGCCGCCUUCUCUAGCCUCAUGGGCUACCAGUACCACCAGCGACGCUGCGGGAAGCCGCCCUGCGAGGUGGAGACUCCUUCCUUCCCCUGCACCCACUGCGGCAAGACCUACCGCUCCAAGGCUGGCCACGACUACCACGUGCGCUCGGAGCACGCAGCCCCGCCCCCCGAGGAGCCUGCAGACAAGGCCCCCGAGGCUGAGGACCUGUUGGGUGUCGAGCGGACCCCCAGUGGCCGCAUCCGCCGCACGUCGGCCCAGGUCGCUGUGUUCCACCUGCAGGAGAUCGCAGAGGACGAGCUGGCCCGAGACUGGACCAAGCGGCGGAUGAAGGACGACCUGGUGCCCGAGACCGCACGGCUCAACUACACGCGGCCCGGCCUUCCUGUGCUGAACCCCCAGCUGCUGGAGGAGUGGAAGAAUGAGGUCAAGGAGAAGGGCCACGUCAACUGCCCCAACGAUUGCUGCGAAGCCGUCUACUCCAGCGUGUCCGGCCUCAAGGCCCAUCUGGCCGGCUGCAGCAAGGGGGACCACCUGGUGGGGAAGUACUGCUGUCUGCUGUGUCCCAAGGAGUUCAGCUCCGAGAGUGGCGUCAAGUACCACAUUCUCAAGGCCCACGCGGAGAACUGGUUCCGCACUUCGGCAGACCCGCCUCCCAGACACAAGGGCCCAGACUCCCUGGUGCCCAGGAAGGAGAAGAGUCCGGCUGGCGGGAAGAAGCGGGGCCGCAAGCCCAAGGAGCGACCCCCUGAGGAUCCAGCCCCUGGGACGCCUCCCCACCGGGACGACUGGCCCCCAGGAGGCAGAGACAAGGGGGCCCGGGGCUCUGCUGGCCGGAAGGUGGGAGCCGGCAAGGCGCCCGAGAAGUGAGUUCGGAGCCUGGCAGGUGGGUGGGGCCCAGCCCCCUCUGUCCAGGGUGGGGCUCCAGAGCCUCCUGCCCUCCAGGUCUCCACCCCCCACCCCUGCCUGUUCAUCUGUCCAGCGGGGGCGGCCAGCCCUCUCCCCUCCCCGAGGGUGGCCCUGCCCCACACGGGCUGCCGCAGGGCACCUUGGGCUGGGGCUCCCAGGAGGGCCAGGGCAGCUGCAGAAGUGCAAUAGUCUGGAGGGACCUUCACGGGCCGGCAAGAGGAAGGGCUACAGCCUGGGCUUCGGUGCUGGGGCGGCAUGGAGCAGGCAGAUGGCCUUCUGGUCCUCGGCAUGUGAGCUCCAUGCCCCAUCUGCUUUCUCGGGCCCAAGGCUCGGGGGUCCCUGGUGGCCCGUGGUUCUGGGCUGAUGAGGGUACCUGAGCAGCCUCACCUCGUGACCCGACACUGGAACCCCGGCACCCCCCAGCUACCUCCCGGGACAGACCCCAAGUCUGACAGCUGCCGUGCUGACCUGCCCGCCCCACCACACCCCACCCCCCCCACCCCCACCCCCACCCUGCCGUCUUCUGGUUCCUGCACUUCCGCUCUCUACCUCUCCAGGCCCACCCUCCCCUGCGGUGCAGCCCCUGCUGUGCCCGGGCCCUGCCCCACUGGCCCGUGUGCAUCAUGGUGGCGGAGGCAGCCCUGCUGCACCGUCCACAGGAGCGCUGCCCGCUGGGGGCCAGGCGGAGGCUCUGCUUCUGCCACUGCAGGGCUGUGGAGCAGGGGCCACGUGAAGUGAGCUCUGGCCUCAGCCUCCAGCUUCGCUAACGCCGCUGGCCCAAGUCGGGUAGCCUGAUGGGUUUAGGGAUGGGCCAGUCUGGGUUCCGGGGUCACCUGGGGCCCACGGGCAUGAGGGGCGGGGACCUGGGGCCUGGCUCGAGUAGUGACCACUGUGGGAAGCAGCCUCUGUCGCUGGCCUGGGUUGGCCCAUGGCCAAGCUCCCGUGGGAGCCUCCUUCCCCCUUUUUUACCUGCUCCUUCGUUUCUGGUUGUGUGGCCUUUUGAUGUGAGAGCCGAAGGCCGGGGGGAGCUUGGCCAAGGUCACAGUAGGUUGGUGGCAGCUCCAGGGCUCUGUCUUGGCUCCCUUUGGUGCCCUGAGGGCAGCGAGGUCUGUAGGUUGGGUCAGGUAGCGUCCAGGGCACCCUGAGGAUGCGGCCACGUGGUUUCUGACCUCCUGCCUGGGCCCCACCUUCCAACCAUGGCAUCGCUGGGACAGGGAGGGUGCUCAGAGCUGCUGCGUUUGGAUGGAGGCUGUUUUCCACGGGGGGGGUGGGGUGGGCUGAGGGCUCGGCCUUGCCGACCCUGGAUGAUGUGAAUUUUGAUAUUUGCCCGUGUGCGUGUGUCUCCUGGGUGUAGUGGAUGCCAGUCUUGUUGCUGUGACAAGUAACAAACCUUUUUUUUAAUUCUGUUUUUUAUACAAAAACUCACAACAAUCUGACAUUUUGGUGCUAAGGGUUUCCUGGUGCCGACGGUGGAUCUGGGGGCUGGGCUGGGGUCCCUCUCCUGCUCAGGGAGGCGGUGCUGACUGGGCACCCCUCUGCUCCCCAGCUCCUGUCCUCCUCCAGCCCGUGGCGAGGAGGGGCUGCAAUCCGGGCUCAGCUCUCCUCACCCUGCGCUAGGGAGACAGUUUCCAGGAGGGCUUUGGGGCCGAGGCGCCGUGCUGCCCGUCUCCGGCUUCUUCCUUCAGCCAGAAUGCUCUGACGCCAGGCAGUCCUGGCCUGAUGUGCUAGGGAGGGGGUGUGGAGACGUGGACUCCCCCGCCACUCACACGCACCUGAUCUGAUCAGGGGGUGGAGGCCUGGGCAGGUGCCGGUAAUCCAGCAUCAAAGGCUGAGGCAAGCAGCAUGACUUCGGGGCAGGAGGGCGUUCUUUCCUGUGCUCCUGGGUGUCACUGGGGUGCAGCUGGUGGAGGUAGAGGUGGGUCGGGCAGCCGCUGCAGGGGCAGCUGCCGGGGGGAGGGUGGGGAGCAGGCACUGAUGGGAGCCCCACGUGCACUUUGUCCUUGUCACCAAUGGUUGGAGGAGGUUGGACCUCAACACCUCUGCUGGGGAUAGCUGCCUGCCCCGGCCUCUCAGGUACUUGGCCCUUGGGGAGCGGGGGCUGGUUUUGGCUGGGGGAUGCGUUUCAUUGUCACCCCCGAAAGUCCACGUGUGGUCCCUGGCGUGGGAACCCCACCAGAUACGUGGGAAGAGGUGGGGUCCUGGGUAACUUGAUGUUUAGCACUUUAACCCCCUUCUUUGUCUUUAAGGUGGGCGUGGGGACUGCUGCCCAAAGUGGCGCUGGGUUGGACCCCUCUCUCUCCCCUCUCCCCUCCCGGCUUCCAUGCUCUGGCUGGUGGGUGGCAGCAGCAAGCUGGUCCUCAGAGCCCUCCUCCUACGGUGGCAGAGCCCUGGGCGGCUCAGCAAGAUCUGCCCACUUCCCACUCUGGUGGGAGUGCAGCCAGGUAGCCUUGACUGACACCUUCAAUGAGAGGGACUGAGCGGCAGACACCCCCCUCCAUGCGGUGGGUGUGGACCCUGCCUGAGACCCCAAACCCAGGGCACAAUGUCAGGUCCCUUUCUGAAGAUCUACCUCUGGCCCAGCCCACGCCCCCUUGCCCUGAGAACAGGAAAGGGUCGACUCAAGGGACCGACACGUCACACGAAAAUAGGAUGCGCUUUUGUGCUCAUGCGAGGGCAGAUGAGUGUCCCCUGGUGUGAGUGGUGGCCCUCCCAGUCGUAGGCCCCUCCUGUCCCUCUGGUUUGGAAGGGAAAGAAUGGGUGCACCCUGACCCGUAGAGGGGAGGGCCGUCCCGGUGUGUCCCCCUGGGUGGGCCCCAGGCAGCUGUCCUGGAGGCCUGGGGUUUUGCCUGGCAGCCGCACAUCCUGUACUUGGGGUUUCUUGGUUUGGGUGUUUUAAUGCCAGUUCUCCGUAAUAAGUGCAUUUCGAAAGAGAGGUUCCGGCUAUCAACUUGUAACCAUAUAUAUACGUAUAUAUUCUAUCUACAAAGUGUUUAUUUGCAAGAUGUUUUGACGGUGAGCUCGGGCCCUGCCCGCCUUGUGACCAUCUGUCCCCGGUCCUCGUCCCCGCACCCCGGCCCCAAGUGGCACGGGGGCGGGCCAUCAACUGUAUGUAUUAAAAAUGACUGUAUCAAAUAAAUGUUUAUUGAUUUUUUUCCA